AGUGGGCCUCCGCGGUGCGACGAGACCGCACCGGAUCAGUAAGCACCAGUGCCCGAUCAGCGGCGGCCUGACGGUGUAGUGCAGCUCUAGCUCGCGACGAGAGCUGCCUGACAAUGCAGUGCAGCUCGAGCUCGCGGCGAAAAGUGUGCUCAGAUACCAGACUAACCGGUGGACGGUGCAGAGUGGCUAGGCGAAGUGGUGAACGGGACAUCCGCCGCCGCUGGGUGGUGUAGUGUGGUUUGAUUGCGUAUCAAACAGUGCAAGCAUCCGUCGCCAGUUAUAGACGGUGCAGUAUGGCUCAAUACUGCGCUGAACAGUGAACAGUGAACAGUGACAGGCAUCUGCUGCCGGUGGACAGUGCGAUAUGGUUAAAUCAAUAGACAGUAUGCAGAGUGGCUGAAUUUGUUGACUGGCGAGACUGGCCCAUGUGGAGUGUGUUUACCAUCAACCAGCAAUCGGUAAAAAAGAGGCUCAGAUGUCGACUACGGAGCAGAAAGAAGAGGAGCCACCCAACUCUACCAUCGGGUCAAACUGGGUGAUGGCCCGCUCUCUGCGUCACCAGCCGUCCGGCUGGCUGGAGAUGUCGCGGCGCAAGCACAACAUGUCUCACCGCUACUCGCCGCUAAACCCGCCGCAGCCCACGGAGGCCGACCAGCAGCUCUUCGAGGCCAUCGACCGGCGCAGUCUGGAGGCCGUCACCGCCUGUCUGGACCGCGGCGCCAACGUCAACGCCGUCAACGGCUUCUUCGGCGAGUCGGCGCUGCACCAGGCGGCGCGCAUCCGCUGGCGGCACGGCGUCGAGCUGCUGCUCUCGCGCGGAGCCGACGCCAGCAUUGAGAACAAGUUCUUCCAGACGCCGCUGCACUUCACGGCCGUGGCCGGCUGCGCCGAGUGCAUGGGCGUGCUGCUGGCGCGGCAGAAGGCGGCUGUGUUCGUGCAGGACAUGCGCGGAUACUCGCCGUUGCACGACGCCGCCCUGGGCAGCGAGGUGCGGUGCGUUCGGCUGCUGCUGGAGGCCGGCGCAGAGGUGAACCUACCCGACAACCAGGGCGAGACGCCACUGCACAAGUGCGCAAAGGCCGGCUCCAUACCCAACGUAGUGGCCCUCCUCAACGGGGGCGCAGACCUGAAGGCCAAGAACUCGGAAGGCGAGACGGCGCUGGCCAUGAUGUUGCGCAACAUCCCCAACGCUCUGGAUCAGAUUCUUGAUCAUUGUCUGGUGCCGAACAAACUGCCCAAGAACAACAAGAACUUCGAGAUCACCAUCAACUUCAAGCCGCUGAUUCGUGCAGACGCCCUGUGCCACACGGAUCUUCUGAGAAACUUCAUCAAGAUCGGAGAGUCGGAGGUGCUCAUUCAUCCUGUGUGUCAAUCGUUCCUCGCGCUCAAGUGGCAUCGCGUCGUCAAGCUCUUCUUGCUGAAGCUGCUCUUCUACCUGGUGUUUGUGAUCGUGAGCACGUUCUUCAUUUUGAACAAGUUUGUGUGGGAUAGGACCAACCGUGUGAUAUACCCUGCAGUGAACGCGAGCGCGACGAACACGUCCGGUGAGUCGGGUGAGCUCGGUGAUGGUGAGAGUGUGACCGCGUUCGCCACCAGGAUAAUGGAGUGGGAACUCGGCUUUUACUGGACGUCAGUGAGCAUGGUGGUCAUCCUGGUGAUACACGAGCUUCUCAACAUCAUCUCGUCGGCGUCCAACUAUUUCACCAACGGUGUGUCGUGCCUCAACUGGAUCCUAUUCUGCAUGUUCUUCGCGGUGAGUGCUGACAGUGAUGGCGCGUGGCAGACGCACCUAGCCGCCUUCUACGUGCUCUUCCUUUGGUCCAAAACGAUGCACAUGAUCGGACAGUUCCCCAGCUGCGGUAUCUACGUCAGCAUGUUCAUCCGAGUUGCCAAGGUGUUCUGCAGGAUCUUCUUCGUGUACUUCAGCCUGCUGGUAGCCUUCUCCAUCAGUUUCCACCUUGCCUUCCGCAAGGCCGGUGCCUUCAAGGACCCGUUCAACUCGUUUAUGAAAACGCUAACACUGAUGAUAGGCGAGGUGGACUACGAGGGUUUGUUCCUAGACCCAGCGGCAAUUCCUCUCAGGGGUACCAGCCAUGUCAUCUUCUUCUUCUUCCUCGUGCUGGUGUCGAUCAUCCUCUCCAACCUCCUGGUGGCCCUGGCUGUCAACGACGUCCAGGGGCUGCGGGCUGGCGCGCACCUGGAGCGCCUGAAGAAACAGUCUCAGCUCAUCUACAACACAGAGCUGAUGACGGCCUUCAUGAAGUCCCUCUUCCAUUGCGGGUGGCUGCACUCCAUGACGCGUCCGAUCCUUGACUCGAUUCACCUGGACGUGCUCUCCAAGCGCGUCUUCCUGAUGCCCAACCACCCACAGAAGUCACACGAGCUGCAGAUCCUCGACUACAAGACCAAGGCGAUCCGCGAGCACAAGAUCAACAAAGAGAUGUUGGAGCGUAUAUGGCGCGCCCUGCACGCGCAGGAGGGCCACGAGGGUGGCUCAUCAUCGGGUGGUGCGACGGCGAAUGGACGCAGUCAGCAGCAGCCGCCGGUGGCGGCCGGACAAAACAGACGCCACACUUCGCUGCGUGUCCCCAGCGAGCCUGAAGGCGGUCUGCGCAUGCACAGAGGUCGCGAGGUGGCCUCAGCUCGCGCCGUCUCCUUCGAGGACAUCAAGGACCUGCUGAGUAAUAUGGAGGCGCGUCUGACGGCGCAGCUGCAGCGUCAGCUGGACGAGCUGCGGGCUGAGGUAACCGCCCGGACACGGACAGAGUCGUCUAAUGAGCGAGACACUUCAGAGACUGCUAGCAGUUGAGGCGCGAAACGGGACGGGAUGGGGUGCUCCAAGAGCGACGCUGUGCUUGUGAGAAUGUGUGCUGCCGUGGGCUCUGUAUGGCAGUUGUAGGGGGAAGUGGGCUGUUCUGGGUCGCCGGACUGUCAUUAAGGUGCCCUGUCGCAGUGGGGACGUUAGCCGCAACAUGUCCUGAUGGCUACACUAUAGUGCCUGAAAGGUGAACGGUUGUGACCGGCGGCAGAGAACAGGCGGGGCAUUAGGAGCGCCGACGGGUGAGGUCGGUCCGGUGCUGGUUCAGUCUGUCUGCGAUCUCUGUGAUGCGGUGAAGAGCGAUACUGGAUGGUGUCGGAGCUCGCUGUGUCAGUGCCUUCCAGAGCGUCCAUUGUGAGUUGUGAGAACUGAGAAGUCUAUUGGCGUUGUUUUAUAUUUGAAACUUCCGAAAACAGAUGUGCUUGUGACUCGUGCUUUAAUGGUGCUUCGUUCCAAUCUACUACACUUCCAUGUGGCUUCUAUUUAAUGCCAUUGAAAAUAGAAAUAGAAACGUGUGUCCUUCUGAAGCCGAUUAAAGAGAUAUAUGCUAGUCUUUUACAGAGCGUAUUUAUUGGAAGGUGUGUAUAUUUUUCAAGUGUCGCGUUUUACGUCGUUGACUUUUGCUUGUAUUGGUGAAUGCUACAAGACAAAUACACGAACAUUGUUAAUGUCA